CAAAAUGGCCGAUGAGAGAUGACUCACGUCCUCGUUGUAUACAGCGCGCACGUCCAUCUAGCUUCAUAUGUGUGUUAUCUAUGGAGGGUUGUUGUGCCGUAAAGAAAAGAUGGCGUCUGUUUCGGAAAUGUACGAUGUAGGCUGGGAAGAGAUGCGAGAUAAGUUGCGCAAAUGGAGAGAGGACAACUGCAGAAAUAGUGAACAAAUAGUGGAUGUUGGCGAAGAGCUCAUCUGCGAUCAUUCAUCAAAACUGGGAGAUGACAUAUGGAUCAUUUAUGAGCAAGUGAUGAUUGCAGCAUUGGACUGCAGUCGGGAUGACUUGGCUCUGACCUGUCUACAGGAACUGAGGAAGCAGUUUCCUGAUAGCCACAGAGUGAAACGAUUAUCGGGCAUGAGGUUGGAAGCUUUGGAAAGGUACGAUGAGGCCAACAAGCACUAUGAUGCCAUUCUUCAAGAUGACCCCACAAAUACGGCUGCACGGAAACGCAAGAUCUCUAUAUUGAAGGCCCAGGGAAAGAGCCCUGAAGCUAUCAGAGAACUCAAUGAGUACUUAGAGCAGUUUGUUGGGGACCAGGAAGCGUGGCAUGAGUUGUCAGAACUCUACAUAAAUGAACAUGACUAUGGAAAAGCUGCAUUUUGCCUUGAGGAGCUGAUGAUGACUAAUCCCCACAAUCACUUAUAUUGUGAGCAAUAUGCUGAGGUCAAGUACACCCAGGGAGGCUUGGAAAACCUGGAGUUGUCUAGAAAGUAUUUUGCCCAGGCUCUUAGGCUGAACAACAGAAACAUGAGAGCGUUGUUUGGGCUGUAUAUGUCUGCAAGUCACAUAGCUGCCAGCCCAAAGGUUAGUGCCAAGGUCAAAAAGGACAACAUGAAGUAUGCUGCCUGGGCUGCCAAUCAAAUAAAUAGAGCUUAUAAGCUGGCUGGUCGUGGGUCCAAGGAAAACAAGUGCUCUGUAAAAGCAGUGGAGGAGAUGCUGGAAUCCAUGCAGAUAACUAUGUCCUAGGUGUCCUCUGCCUAGACCUUCCUUCUUCCUCACACUCUGACCACACACUCUGGAGCCAUAUGGCAGCUCUAAUAGCCCUAUGACCUGAAGUGAAACUUAAUCUAACAUGGGUUUGUUUUGUUUUGUGCCCUUUCAAGUUGGGGUCUGGUAAUUGGCUGAAAUUGAUAUCGGCAGUGGCCAAAUGUUGCUUCCUCCCAAAAGAAAACAUUUGUCCUCCAAGCUGAUAUAAACUGGCUUUAAUAUAUUUUACAUUCAGUUGUCUUGACCUAAUAAGCAACAGUAAUGUACACAAGAAAUAGGGUAAGAUGUGCAGUCAAUGCUAUUUAUCGAGAUGUCGGAGACCUGUCUGCACUGAUGAAUAACAAAACUUGCCUUUUUGUCAAAACUAGCAAAAUGUCUUAAUAAAAGUUUAACUGAUUAUA